AUGUGGGCCGUCUCCUAUCACGGCGUGUCCUUUCCGGUCGUGUUCGUGCCGUAUCUAUUCUCGAAUAUUUUUGAUGUCAUCGUCAACGGCGAAUUGGGAUUAUUGGGCCUGCCUGUGGAGGCACGUGAAUACGCCCAACCUGCAGAGCGCCAGCACUACCCAGCUCAAGGAGACCAGCAACGACUCUUCGGGUGGCGCAUGGAGUUCUUCCAGACACCUUGCGCCUUCAACACUGCUGCCCCUUAUUGGCCUGGGUUUAUUUGGGUCUGGCGAAUUAAGAUGGCUAUCCCGCCAUCUAUCGGAGGCCACCGGAUGUUUGUGGCUUAUCCGUUAGUCGCCUCUUACGACACCCACGGGAUGAGAUUGGGUGGCUUAUUCUUAACGCCGACACCACACGGCAGCCGUUUGGCGCACACCUCCCCUCGACACCCCUACCCGCGUGCCGUGAUCAAACAGUGUGAAAUGCGGUUUGUGGGCGCGCGCCCUCGCCCGGAGCCCUUACACGUUAUGGGGAUUAAUGUUUGGUGUGCGGAGGAACCACUGGUCGCGCCGGUUGCGUGGCGUUCGGCUUGCCUUCAACACAAAGCGAUGCUUCUACGCGAACAGUGC